AUGGCCAGCAAUUAUUCUACCGUAAAAAUUUAUAAACGUGAAAGAACGCUUCUUGAAAGGGUUCUUGGUAGUUAUGAAAAUGGCAAAACAAAAACGAUUACAUUGAAACAAUGGUCAAAAAAAUGCGGUUUGCAAGUAGGUCAAAUGUCCGGAGCUGGUGAUAAAUUUAUUUAUGAAUCUGGCAUUGAUUUGCCUUUCGAUGAAAUGGAAGCGUUAGCCAAUGCUCUACCCAAAAUGUCAAAAGCCAACCUGUCAAUCAAUUAUGCAGAAUUGGGUGAGCAUAAAGAUUUGUAUAAUAACGAAUAUCGUACGAUUUUAAAGAGUAGCGAAUAUGGUGGGUUGAAAGUAUGUCGAUUGAAAAAGACUUCACCACCCGUUGAUUUUGCACCGGACGACGCUAAUGAUAUUGUGGAUCCUGAACCAAGCACUAAUCCUAAAAGUGCACAGGUUAAUGAUUGUUGGUCGGAAUGUUUCGAUAAAUUUUAUAUAAAUAAAAAUGAUGAUUGGAAAAAAAUUUCCACCAUUAUUCGUGAUUUCUGUUGUGAGACCUACAAUCUCUUAAAUGCUUCCUCCUCUUCCGAUGUAAUACCGCCAACACCGCCCGCAACACCAUCGGAACAAAAACAGUUGGAACCGCCCAAGAAGCGAAAGUAUACCAAUACCAAGGGGAGUAGCAGUGGUGAAAUAAAGAAGAAGAAAGGCAAAAUUCAAUUUGACGAAGAAACAACUAGUGAGGUGAGCCGCAGUUUUCCUACAGUUGAACAAGUACGUUCUGCUACAGGGGUUUUGCUUUCAUUUAUGUGUAAAUAUAAGAAGAGUUGUGAAGAAACAAUUGCACAAUUUAGAUAUGAUAUGAAUAAACAAUUUCCAUUUUGCUAUGAACAAUUUUUGUUGGCUUCUGAUCAUUUUGAAACAACUUGUACCAAGUUAAAUGAAUGA